CUGAUUCUGCAUGGGAACAAUCUAACUUUAAUUUUUUUCAAGUAUCAAUUAAAACUUUAAAUAAUCGUUUAAGAUCAUAUAAUACCAUUGCACCUUAUUCUGUCAGAAGAAUAUAUCUAACUGUCGAAGGCGAACUGAACAAAAUGUAUCAUGAUAUGAAAAAUAUCAAUAGUAAUAGUGACGACAACGACGAAGAUGAUGGUAAAAUAAAGGUUGGUGGAUUAAUAUUUAAUAAGAAAGAAUUAUUUGGUGAUGAUGAUGAUGAACAAUUUACAGGAAAAUGUGGUAUGAAUAUAUUGAUAUUUGAAGGCAUUGCGUGUGGAAUAUGUAACGAAAGUCUAGGAAUUAAUCUUAUUUAUAAAUGUGAAGGUUGUUCUAUGAUGAUUCAUGAAGAAUGUCUUUCAGAUAUUGUAUAUCCAUGUGUUCCAGCUUGUUUUAAUGAAGCUAAAGUUCAAGAUGCUUUUCUACGAGUUUUUUCCUCCUUUUUACAAAAUUAUCGUUCAUUUAUGCUAAAUAACAAUGAUAACAAUAAUUAUGGUACAACAGAUAAUUAUUCAAGAUCAGGAGAAAGUAAUGAGUUUUUAGAUGAUAGUGAAAUUUUCAACAAAGACUUAUUUCUUAAAUCUGUUGAUAGAGAAUCAAAACUAGUUUCUACUUGCGCACUCCAUGAAGGCUAUGUCAGUGGCAGGGGAACGAAAAUAGAGUUGAUAUUGUGCUGUGAUAUAAUUGAGACCAAAAAUUUUCAACUUGUAACUUUUUCAUUGGAAAGAGUUGGAGGUGGCGAAGAAGGAGCAUGUCAAUUUGGGGCAAAGUUAGAAGGAUCAAAAGACGAUGUGUGGGAAAUGAUAAAGAUUCUUGAAAAUAACAGGAAAGAAAACGAUGGGUUAAAGAAUGAUCCAACCGGCAUAUUUUUAAAGUGUUAUGCAUUUGGACGUAUAAUUUAUGAUCCAAGCAAUAUACUUCCAACAUUUCAAAAUUUAGCCAAAAAGCGUUGGGAAGCAGGACCACCAGCACUAGAGGAUAAAGAUAGAUGGAGACCAAGGUAUGAAAUAGCAGAUUUAUUAAGAGAUUUAGAGGACAUAGACUAUGUACAAAAUGAAGCAACGGCGCAUUUUUUACUGGUUAAACUCGUUGAAAGAUUAGUGAGGAUACAAGAAAGGUUAUGGAACAGAUGGCCAGAAAAAUUAAAAAGAUGUGUUGAAGGAUGGGAAACUUGGGAUGAUAGUGGUGGUAAACUUGCAAAAAAAGUAUUAAAUUCAAAUGUCAAAUGGAAUGAAAGAUUGAUGUGUGCAAAAGAUUUGGCAAAAUAUGUUUUAGGUCCAAUUGGAGGAAUUAUGCCUACAGAAUGGAAUAUGGAAUGGGAGGAAUUACAAGAAUCAUAUAAUCCUUUUACAAUACCAAAUAUAAUACCGAAAUUAGAGAUGUGGGCAUAA